AUGGGCGGCAGCGGGGCUCGGGAGCUGGCCGGGUACCUGCUGGCGCUGGCCGGGUGGGUGUCGGCGCUGGCGGCCGCGGUGCUGCCGCAGUGGAGGCAGAGCUCGUACGCGGGGGACGCCAUCAUCACGGCCGUGGGGCUGCACGAGGGGCUCUGGAUGAGCUGCGCCGCGCAGAGCACCGGCCAGGUCCAGUGCCGCCUGCACGAUUCCCUGCUCUCCCUCGACGUUCACAUCCAGACCUCCCGCGCCCUCAUGGUGAUUUCUCUCCUCCUGGGCUUCUUCGGCAUCAUCGUGAGCGUGGUGGGCAUGAAAUGCACCAAGGUCGGUGAGGAGGACCCCGUAACCAAGAGCCGCAUUGCUGUUGCUGGAGGUGUCCUCUUCAUCCUCUCGGGUCUGUGCACGUUGGCUGCCGUGUCCUUGUAUGCAACACGGGUGACUUAUGAGUUCUUCAGAGAGAGCAGCGUCCCCAUCAACGCCAGGUAUGAGUUCGGCUCAGCUCUGUUCAUCGGCUGGGGAGCCACCGGCCUCAUGAUGCUGGGGGGGUCCCUCCUGUGCUGCUCCUGCCCCCCCAAGGAGCGGCGAGGACAGCGCAGCUAUCGGCAUUCCCAGCCUUCCACAGCCCGGGAACCCCCUGUAAAAAUGCCUUCUUCACCCAUCAGGGGAGAGCAGUGCUUAUAG